UAUGUUGCAUCGCGCGCACCUUCACGUCGCGAACGGGACGUCAAAAAUUUGAAAAUGGAAUAGUUUGAAAGUGGUGAACGCUGAACUGGCUGGUCGCGUCGGUGUGAUUGCGGCUGACGCUACCGAAGUGUUGUGUUUUAGGUUAUGAUCUAUGUUUAGGUCAAAAUAAUGGACAAAUUGAAUGAUUAGGGUUAAAUUAAAUAAAUUUUAACAAUUCGUAUUGAAUAACAGCAGUUUAUUGCGGUUUGAUUGCAGUGUUCGACGCGGUUUCAUUCAAGUGCCAGCUUAGGUAACCUUGACACAUUUCCCGCGCUGGCGUUUCCACCUUGUUUUCCGUUGCACUCUCUCUUGACAUUUACCGCAAAAGUGUGUUCUUAACUAAUUAGCGGCUAGUUCUAAAAUUAACGUUAAUUAAGUGUUAAAUUAAUGUUAUAUAAUAAUGAAUGAACGUUUUGAAGUUUAGUAGAAGCGUAGAGACGUCGGGAAUGGAUCUUUGCGUACUGUUUAAUGUUUUAUGAGGCAUAAUGAGUGAAAUUAGUUGGUCUGACCUCCGCCGCGUUAAAUAUUAAAUUGGCUGUUAAAUUAAAAGUUUCAAAAUGAAUCCUUUGUGACCACUUCAGUGAGACCACGGGAGCUGUGAAAAUGAAAGUUUCAAAAGGUUUCGGCAACGUUCUGCUCGGCGUCAUCAUCACACUCCUCGACCUGACCGACUGUGACAUUGUGACCGAGACCCCCAGAUCGAUCUACCGCAAGGACAGCCAGAACGAAAUCCCAGAACCGGAACUUUUACCGGUUUUGCACGGGAACGACACUAGAUGUCGCAUAUCGGAAUACCUGUGUGCGAAUAAAAAAUGCAUACCGAUUAAUAGAUUUUGCGAUGGGACCAACGACUGUGGGGACUCCUCCGACGAGCCAAGGCAUUGCACUCGUUGCAACAGAACGUACUAUGGCGACAUCGGCCGGACCUACGAGCUGGAACUCCACCGUCCCCGGGAAGACCUGGUCCCUUACGUCUGCCUCAUAACCAUCACAGCUGCUGGCGGUAUCCAUGGAGAUUUGGUGCAGAAAAUCUACUUUACUACAUACGACAAAUCGCCCAGAGCACGAGCUAUUGAAGGGGAACACCCCAGGUAA